GAUAAGCCGAAAUGAUACGUGCCUGCGUGUAGCAUCUUCGGCGCAUGCUCGCCACUUGUGUGCCCUUUCCUGUACUGGGUAUAAAACGAGCACGAAUAAAUGCUGGGGUGUCUUCGUUUGCUGAGAACUGGUCCAGGCUGUUACUCUGUCGCCAACACAAACGAUACAUGGUGUCAGAAGUCACGCCCAUAGUGCUCGGGCACGGUAAAGCAGCAUGGAACUUGUGAAGCCACCAGAGCCGCUACAUUUCACCGGCGAAAUCAGUAAGCAAUGGAAGCUUUUCAAACAAAAGUUUGAACUUUUCUUGGUUGCCUCCGCGCCCGACAAGAAGCCUCGACCGGAUGCCUCAAAGAUUGCUUUACUGCUAACCGUGGCAGGUGACGACGCACUGGAAAUUUACAACAACUUCACCUUCGGGGACGAUGAGAGCCGGGAAAGUUACGUAACUGUCAUAGCCAAGUUCGACACCUACUGCGCAGAACAGCUGAAUGAAGUGCACGAGCGCUACCUCUUUAGGCAACGCGUCCAAGGUCAAGGUGAGCCGGUUGAACAGUUUGUCAGAGAGCUCAGGAAGAUGUCUCGUUCAUGCAACUUUGGCACCACGGCAGAGUCGUUCAUACGUGACCAAAUAGUUUUUGGUACAAAUGAUGACAAAGUAAGGCAAAAGUUGCUGCAGGAUAAGAAGUUGACCUUGGCUAAAGCGGAAGAAGUCUGCAAGGCUGCGGAAAUGACUGCCGCGCAAAACGAAAUCUGGUCUCGAGAACAGAGACAGAUUGACGCUGUCAAACUACGGGAGUGUACGAAGCAGCAGCAGUGCGAUGAACGACCUGCAAUGUUCAAGUGCCGCAGGUGUGGACGUACGCACGGUCCGAGAAGCUGCCCUGCAUUUGGCAAAGUGUGCAGAAAAUGCCAAGGGCAGAAUCAUUUUGCUGUCCGUUGCAAGGUGAAUAGACAAGUUAGGGAAGUGAGGGGCACCGAAAAUAGCGAAGAGGAAUUUGACAUCCUUGAUGUAUCUGUCAACAGCGUUGGAAGAUCGUGUGACCGUGACUGGGUGGUGAGAGCGCAAGUUGCGGACACGGCAAUAGACUUCAAAGUUGACACAGGAUCGCAAGCCAACCUCGUGCCAUUCUCUGCCUACAAAAAACUGCAGCCGAGGGUACCCUUGGCUAGAAGCAACUGUGUCCUACGAUCUUACAACGGAGGAGUCAUCAAGCAUCUCGGAGUCAUGACUACCACGGUCGCCGUCGGAAGCAAGACGGCAAAGAUUAAUUUCUUCAUCGUGAAGAAGAACCGUCAUGCCAUACUUGGACUGCGAGCCAGCGAACUGCUUGGACUGUUCUCGCGCACCGUAAACGACAUCGGAACAAGCAACAGCGAGGCAGUUGUCCACGAGUUUCAACAACUUUUUUCUGGGACUGGAUGUAUCAAGCGCCCAUACCGCAUAGUUCUUCGAGAAGAUGCGGUGCCAGUCGUCCAGACAGCCCGCCGUGUGCCCCUUUCCUUGAAAGAGCCUCUGCGCGAAGAACUUGACCGCAUGGUCAAAGCCGGCAUUAUAGCAAAGCAAGACCAGCCGACGGACUGGGUGAGUCCUCUAGUUAUCGUCAGAAAAAAGGACGGAAAACUACGUUUAUGCAUGGACCCGAGGAAAAUUAAUGAGAACCUCAAGCGCGAGCACUAUGAGAUGCCGCGUCGAGAAGAUAUUGAAUCGGAACUAGCUGGAGCACGUUUUUUUUCGCGCCUUGACGCCAACUCGGGGUUUCACCAGAUACUGCUGCAUGAUGAAACGUCAACAAUUUGUACGUUCGCGAUUCCUUUCGGUCGUUACCGCUUUCUGAGGCUGCCCUUCGGUAUAGCGUCCGCCCCAGAAGUGUUUCAAAAGGCUCUUAGCGAAAUAUUCGAAACACUGCCAGGAGUGCGAGUGUACGUUGAUGACGUCAUCGUGUGGGGUGCGACAAGAAAAGAGCACGAUCAGAGGUUACGAGCGGUACUAGAAGCAGCACAGAAAGCUGGUCUAACGUUUAAUGCAGACAAGUGCAGCAUUGGCGUGCGCAAGAUUUUUUUUCUUGGCGACGUUAUUGCGGCAGACGGCAUACGCCCAAAUCCUACCCUGGUCAGUUCUCUGUUAAGUAUGCCACCGCCGACUGACAAGCAAGCAGUGCAGCGCAUGCUCGGUGUCGUAAACUAUUUGUCGAAGUUCCUGCCAUCAAUUACGGACCGAACGAAACUGCUUCGCGACUUGAUAAAGAAAGACCGUAUCUUUGGACGGAAAACCACGCGAAAGAAUGGAAAAUGAUUUGUGACAGUCUGAGCAAAGAUCCUGUGCUGGCGAUUUUCGAUCCUAAACGGAUUACGAAGAUAACAUCCGAUGCUUCGCAAAAUGGAAUAGGCUCGGCUCUCUGGCAGCUUCAUGAGGGUUCUUGGAAGCCCAUCGCUUAUGCCUCACGCGUCUUAACCGAAGCGCAACGUAGAUAUUCCCAGAUAGAAAAAGAGGCUAUGGCUGUUGUCUUCGGGUGCGAAAAGUUUCACCAUUUUGCGUACGGACGUAACGUUGUCCUCGAGACAGACCAUCGACCCUUAAUAGCUAUCUCGGAGAAGCCGAUUGGAGAGAUGCCGCCCAGACUGCAGCGAUUUUUUCUUCGCUUGCUUAGAUACCACUACAAACUCCAAUUUGUUCCAGGUAAACGCUUGGUGGUCGCUGACAUGCUGUCUCGAGCGUCCAUCGAAAGCCCAGAAGCAAACAUCGACGAUGACGUGGAAGUUCACGCGGAGCAGUCCGCUAGAAGACGGUCAGUCACCUGGAGAGUUGCUUCAGGGCAGACGACUUCGCACAACUCUCCCAGACUUCAACGAAGCUCACAGACAGUCGGUAAAGAAACAUGAACAGUACCGAACCCCAAGACGCAGUCUGGCACCGCUACAAAAAGGCCAGGUCGUCAGAGUACGAGGUGACUCGUGGUCGCCGAAAGCAAAGAUUCUUAAUGCAACUGCCCAACCAAGGUCGUACCAGGUCGCCACCGAAGACGGCGACGUCUUGCGACGCAACCGACAACAUCUCAUGGCUACGGCUGAGCCUUUCAGCAUUGCGCCUAGUGAUGACGACAUACCAGACGACAGCCACGAGAACGGGUCCCCGUGCCAGGUCCAAUCAAACAACGAAAGUGCUCCCGCCAUUACGCCACCGACACGAGAACCAAGAAGAUCCCAGCGCGAAAGAAGACAACCACAGCGGUUGCGAUAUGACGACAAUUUCGUGCAAGUUCCGUGAGCUCUAAACCUUUUGAACUGCGUACGCAAACUUUAAUCGGUGAUGGUGCUGUGUAUUCUUUUGAACUCAUUUGUUCGUUAAAACGUUAAAAUUGUUUAUUUUCCUUCCAAGAAAGGAAGAUGUAUCGGAUAGAUAAGCCGGAAUGAUACGUGCCUGCGUGUAGCAUCUUCGGCGCAUGCUCGCCACUUGUGUGCCCUUUCCUGUACUGGGUAUAAAACGAGCACGAAUAAAUGCUGGGGUGUCUUCGU